AUGUCUAUUAAAAAAUUAGACAAUUAUAUUACAGGUGAUGGUGUAGAAGUUUUAUUGGAAACAAUUUCGGCUAUAAUUAAAUUGCAAAAAGAUUUGGAAAAAAGGAUUGAGCAAAAUACGAAAAGAGAAAUUAAAGAAAUAUCGAUUGAAUUUAAAAAACAAGCUGGAAUUUUAAAUAGUAAACUUAUUAAAGAUUGGUUAGUAAAUCAUAGGGAAAAGAACAAACUAAUGAAAGAUUUUGGAACUCAGACUAGAGCAGAAGGAUAUUUUUAUUUGGAAGAGGAGAUUUUAAAUUUUGAAGAAUGGAAAACUAUUGAGAAAUUAAAAUGGGCUAAAGAAUCAUUUAAAAAUAUAGAAAUUAGGAAAGGGAACCCAUUAAAUGCGAAAGAUGGAGCAGUGAUGAUAGUGGCUGUAGAUCCAACUGAUAGUUUAAUGGAAAAAGGAAUACAAAGAAAAUUUAAAAAGAGAUUUCCAGAGUUGGAUGAAAUAAAAGAGGAUAUGGGAUUAGGAGAGGAUGAUAAUGAAAUUAUUCAUAUAAGAGGUAUGGAUGCCUUGGUUAAAAAGGAAGAUAUUAAUGAAGCAAUUGUUUCCAUUUUGGGAGCUGGUAAACAGUACCUAAAAAUAGGAGAAAUUCGACCUUUGAGAGAUGAUACCAAAGCAGUAACAAUUAAAUUGAAUAAAAAAAAUGCAGAGGUGUUACUUAAAAAUAAAAAAAUUAGAAUUGGUUUUACAAUUUGUGAACUAGAAAAAAGAAUUGAUAUGCAAAAAUGUUAUAAAUGCUGGGGAUAUGGUCAUUUAAUUAAAAACUGUUCUGGUCCAGAUAGAAGAGACUUAUGUUUUAAAUGUGGCAAAAAGGGACAUGCGGCUGACAAAUGCUUAAACCAAGAAUUUUGUCCAAUUUGCAUAAAAGAAGGACAUAAAGCUGGUACUGGGAGAUGUAUUGAGUUUAAGACUGAAUUAAAUAAACUUAGGAAAGUGAACAGACUGCAGAUGCGGAUGAAAGAAGGAAAAGACAGGGCAAUAAAUGUUAAUAGAGGGGUUGAAGCUAUGAAUUUAAUAGAUAAGUGUAUUGAAGAAAUGAGGAUUGAUAUUGUUGUUGUGUCGGAACCAAAUAAAAAAAAAGUUGAGGGCUCUAGAUGGUUCACGGAUAAAUUUUGUGAUGUGGCAAUAAUUAUAGUUAAUAGUGAAAUAAAAGUUUAUAAAUGGGAGGAAGGACCUGGUUUUGUGGCGUUAAAGACUAAUAUAGGUUUGUGGAUUGGAUGUUAUUUGACACCUAAUGAAUCAUUAGUAGAAUUUGAAGAUAAAUUAAAGAAAAUUGCUAUGGUAGUGCAUGAGAACAAUGGAAAAGAGAUUUUUAUUAUGGGAGAUUUUAAUGCAAAAUCAGCUUUAUGGGGUUCAAAAAGAGAGGAUGCAAGAGGGAAAAUAUUGUGUGAAUGGAUAUUUGAGCAAAACAUGGCAAUUGCUAACAGGGGAAAUAAACCUACAUGGAAAAGAGGAAAUCAGGAGUCAAACAUAGAUAUAACGAUGUGUAAAGUUGACAUAAUUAAUUGGAUUGAAAACUGGGAAAUUUUGGAUGAGGAAAAUCUUAGUGAUCAUGCUACUAUUAAAUUUGAAGUAAAAAUCAGGAAUGCAUCGCAGAGUGAAGAAAUAUUUCAAGAGGAGAGGUGGUUUCGGAAGAUAGGAUUAGUGAAUGAAUUUCAAAAGGAAGUGAAAAAAAAAAUUCAAGCAGUAGAUGUUCUUACUCCUACCAUGUUAAUUAAAGCAGUAACAGCAGCUUGCGAUAAAACUUAUGGUAAAAGAAAAAUAAAAUGUUAUAAAGGAAAACAAUUGUAUUGGUGGACGGAUAAGGUUGCAGAAGCGAGAGCUGAAGCAAAUAGAAAUAGGCGCAUACUCACAAGAAUUAAUUCACAGAACGGAAACGAAAGGGAAAAGGAAGCAGCAAAAACGGAAUAUGAAAGUUCUCGUAAAGCAUAUAAAAAUGAAAUAAGAAGAGCAAAAAGGGAUGCCUGGAGGAAACUGUGUAAUGAGCUAGAGGAUGAUGUAUGGGGAGAUGCCUAUAAAAUUGUUUUUAAAAAAACGAAAAACACACCGAGAGUUACACUUAAUGGAGAUGAAUUACAAGAUGUAAUAAAAGAACUUUUUCCAAUGGGAAAUAGGGUUGUAUGGAGCAGAAAUAGGUGUAAUGAGAGUAUUAGAAAGAUUACAGAAGAGGAAUUAUUACAACUGGCUACACAUCUUAAAAAUAAAAAGGCUCCUGGUCCGGAUCAAAUUAUACCAGAAAUAGUGAAAGAUACCAUAUGU